GGUGUAUGCACGACAGGUAGUGUUCGUGUUUGCUAUCUGUAUGAGAUCGUGACUUCAAAUCUAAAAUCAGUGUGAGUGCUGCGCAUGAAAGUGUGGCAGGGCUGCCGUGAGGUGCCUGGAUGAGGAGCGGAUGUCGCCCCGUGGUUGCAGCGCUGAUGUCCCGUCGCACUGAUGGGGGCCGACGGCAGUAAAACAAGGAAGAGGCCCACUGGAGGAGGGCAGGCAGAUGAGGACUUCUCGUCCGGAUGGCGCGGCUUCCUCUCCAGCAUGGGUCUGUCCCUGCCGGCAGGCCUUUGUCGUCUGGCCCCUACCGCCUUACGUUUGGGCCAGCGCCGGAUGAUCCAAGGCAAGCCCCCUGACAUCCCAGAGCACGUCCUGAGGCUAGCAGGGGUCGGCCCAGACAAGCUGAGAGCUGAGUGGAGCCUGCCGGGGUUCAUUACCAUGUUUCUGCCUGAAUUCCCCCACAGAACUGUGCCUGGGCACGAACACUUUCAGGUGCUGAGUUACAUCGCCAAAGGUUCAUUUGGACCCAUUCUGAAAGUGAAAGACAAGACCAAGCAGAGAACAUAUGCUGUUAAAGUUAUACCUAAAUCAGAGAUUCUCAGACUCGGUGUGUUGGAGCAGUCAAAAGAAGAGGUCAUUGUCCAUCGUCAGGUUCGCCAUCCAUUUGUCCAUGACCUUCAGGACUGCUGGCAGACUCAGCGCCACCUCUACAUUAUGUGUGAUUACUGCAGUACAGGAGACCUGUACACUUACUGGCAGAUGAUUGGUCAGUUUUCAGAGGACACAGUGCGUGUAUUUGCAGCAGAACUGGGCUGUGCUCUUGGCUUUCUGCAUGAUUUUGGGAUCAUCCAUCGAGAUGUGAAGAUGGAGAAUAUACUUCUGACAGACAAUGGACACCUUCGCUUAGCUGACUUUGGUUUAUCCCGUCGCCUGGAGAGAGGAGGAAGAGCAUUCACCAUUUGUGGAACAAUCCAAUACAUGGCCCCAGAGGUGCUGAGUGGGGGACCCUACAACCAUGCAGCUGAUUGGUGGUCUCUGGGAAUCCUUCUUUUCUCAUUGGUUACAGGGAAGUUCCCCGUGCCUCCAGAACCAGACCACUGCAGCAUGCUGAGAAAAGUGCGAGGUUUUCCCUAUGAGAUGCCCCUCUGCCUCACCCCCCCACUGGCCUUGCUUAUAACUGAGCUUUUGUGCAAGAGUCCUGUCCGUCGCCUGAGAACCCUGGAACGUUUCAAACGCCAGACCUUCUUCAGUGGAACAACUUUUGACCUCGCCCUGCUGCAGCGCCAUCCUGUGGAGGUGAUCCUGAAGCUGAGAGAGAGACCAGACCGAGCCGCAAAAGCUCGGAGAGGCCUCACUUUGUCUCUUCAGCCUCUGAAGGGCUUCGAUUAUGACCUGUUCCUCAGCCCUCCUGCCACGCCGGAAACACAGCUGGAUGCUAGCGCACACAUUCACACAGCUGUACCGCUCCCCGGCCCUGCACUCACACUGCAGCCUCCUCAGGGAAAAGGCCCACGUAGGGAAGUGUUUGUCUGACAGAGUCUGAGUUUACAGAAUGGUUUUAUAACUCAUUAUAUUUAAAGCUUGUUUUUUUCUGCACUCUUCUUCACCCGUACACUCAGGUGUGGUGAGCCUUCUCAAAUGUCUUAUGAUUUAUCCGAAACUAGAGGAACUUUUUAUCCAUUUUCCUACUUGUGUUUGUGACUUUCAUGGUGUUUUUUUGUUUUGUACUGGACACAUUUUUAAUCUUUAUUUGUAUUACUUGCCUUUCUCCAAUGAGCACCUUUUCAAGCCUACCCUAUUUAUAUAACAGUUUUGCAAGACAGAUUUCACUGUUGUUGCUUUACCUUCAGAUUUCCAGACUUGUCAUGGUUGCCCUGAUAGUACAUUAUGUCCAACUGCUAUCUCAUUCACCCCACUAAGCAAAUUCUUGCUGAUUAUAUACACUGCACUGACUUUUCUUACAGCAAGUUACAAAGAGUCUCAGGAAAUAAGAAAACAACCAAAUCCAUCCAUAGCUUGUGCUUUUAUCGGCAUGUUUCAGGAUUUUAUAAUUGUUUGGGCAGAAGUAGAACAUUUGCCUAAUUUUUUUUUAGAUUUCUGCAAAAUAAGCUACUACUUCCUUUAAAUUUUUAGCCAAAACUUGACCUUUACUGAGCACAGUUUGCAACUAGAACAAUUACCUGUCCUUCGCUACAUGCAAAUCUUUUAAGCAUGACAACAUCAGAUUAAAACGUGUAUGCCUUUAAUAUCCGCCCUAGGGUAAAUCAGUUCUUCACAGGGACUCAGGGAAGAAAAGGAUUUUUUCCCAGGUCUGCACUGAUUUUGUCUCCAAGCUAGUGACUGUAAUUUCAUUACAUUAUUGUGUACCUUCAGUUAAAUUUGACAGAUACAGGGCUUUUUUUCUAUUUUCCAAGGCUGCCGAAACCUUGGCCAGUAAUGUCACCCUUAUGCACUUACCUGGUCAUCACUUUAUGUUAUGAAUUUGUAAAGUACGCCCUGACGUGUACCUGAAUGCCUCACAUUUGUCCUCCUGAGCUUGCUUCUUUUGUCACAUAAAUGCUUGUUUAUAAAAGUCUCUUUAUAAAGUUUAUAU